GUAUACUGUACUGUAGAUGCAAAGCUGUUCACACAUCAGAGGGAAAUUCUUACAGAAAUAGAGUAGAGGUUCACACUGUGUGUUCCAGUUUUCAAGAAGCUUGAAUUUCUCCAGGAUGGUCUGGCCCACUUGGAAUUCCUGUGUGAUCUCUGCAGGGCUGUGGGCCUGUGUUCUUUUACUGAUGUCCCUUUGUGCCUUCAGUGAUUCCCCAGACCUCUGUAAUGCGGUUGCCACUUCCUGUGAAAGCAUGACAACUGGCCCAAUUACAUCACAGUGUGAUACUAUUGCAGAAGAAAUGCAUUGUGAUAUCCUUAAAGAUUGUAAAGGUGAAAAAUGUCCUUCAUGUGGCUGCAGUGCCAACAAGGUUUCUGAAAGAUCUAACAAUGGUGAAGAAAAAGCAUGUUGUCAGGUUGAAUGUAACAGAACAUACUAUGAAGUUCAAUGGAGUAAAAAAUCUACAGAGUCUAAGAUAGAUUGUUGUUGUUUUGUUAAAGAAGUACCCGUAACAAAUAAUACUUUUACAAGCACUGCAGAAACAGCCCCAAAAGUAACUGAUGCAGAUAAGUCAGGAAGCAACUGUACUUGUGCAUUGCUUGAAGGGAAAAAAAAAUUGGUUUCACUUGAACAAAUGGCAAAAAACAAAUGUAAAACUACUGACGUGAGGGAUUGUAAAGCCUACUCCUCUGUAUUACAAAGUGUUAAAAACAUAAUUGAGGAUACAGAAGGGUUUAAUGGUCCAACAAAGGAGAUUACUUCUAAAGGCAUGAAGGGACUUGUGAUGAAAUACAACGAACAUAACUUUACAGACAUCCACCUUGCAUUACCAUCUUUAGGAGCCACAAAGAAAGAUACAGAUACUAUAAUGGUCAAAAUUUCCAAUGAAGCUUUACAGAAGGCUAUUGGAAGAAAUGGAUCCGGGCAAGCUGGCGCUGUUAUGUUUAACGAAAGCAUAUUUCCGGACAUGCAGAACAGUUCACUCCUCUCAGAUGAGGUGAUUGCAAUCGAACUGGGGAGUCCAAUCUCUGAUCUCACUGACAACAUAACAAUAACCUUUUAUCAUGCAGACACUUUGCAGGACCGAAAAUGCGUAUUCUGGGACGUGAUCUUGAAUGGAAGUAAUGCAAUCUGGAAUGAAUCUGGGUGCCAGACUGUUAGUGGAACAAACCAAACAGUGUGUAGCUGCAAUCACCUCACAUUCUUUGCUGUGUUAACGAACCCUAAUAACGUUACCCUGAGCGACAGCACCUUGAAAGCAUUGACGUACAUCUCCUACAUCGGCUGUGGGGUGUCACUCUUUUUUUUGGGAGUCACCCUGUUCAUGUACAUCAUGCUAAGGAAAAAGAAAUCUGACCACUCCACCACAAUCCAUCAGAGCCUGAGCUCUGCGCUGUUCUUGCUGAACCUCACCUUCCUCCUGAACGAGUGGCUGGCGUCCUAUAAUAACAAUGAGCUCUGUCAGUUCAUUGCCGCCCUCAUGCACUACUCCCUGCUCUGCACCUUCACCUGGUUUGGAAUUGAAGCUUUCCAUCUCUACCUGCUGAUGAUCAAGGUCUUCAACACCUAUAUAAAGCAUUACAGGAAGAAGCUGAGCCUCGCUGGCUGGGGAAUCCCAGCUGUAGCUGUCAUUGUGUGUUUAAGUUUGAAGAAGUAUGGGAAUUAUAAAAUAUACACGGAAAAGGGGUCUGUUUCAAUAUGCUGGCUGACAGAUCCUGCAGUCCUUUAUGUUACCAUCGCCUACUAUGCACUGCUGUUUCUGUGCAGCAUGGUGAUUUUCUCAGUGGUGGCAGUGAAGAUAGUCCAGCUUGGAAAGUCUGGCUCCGGCCACUUAGAAAAGGGGAGCACCAGAAGGAAUGUCUGCACACUGCUGGGGCUCUGUUGUCUGCUGGGAUUAACGUGGGGGAUCAUGUUCUUCAACUUCGGGCCCCUCGAAGAGCCGGCGCUUUAUGCAUUUAGUAUCCUGAAUUCCUUGCAUGGUUUCUUUGUGUUUCUGAGAUACUACGCCUUGAGCAAGACUCGCUCUUCUGAAUCAAUGACUAGCAGUACCAUUGAUUGAAUCACCAAGAAUAGGAAGCCACGGUCUCUCUUCGUAGUUCCUGCUCAAAUUAACUGAAAUGAAGCAUCUUUGUUAUUUGUUUUGUUUUGAUUAGUUUUGUUUUUAAAUGUAGUUAGCUAACACAUAAAAUAAUUGUAGAUUGUAGGACAUGAUAUUUGAACUUUUAUAAUAUUUCAGGAGUUAAAGCUUUGUGGAUUCAAAUUAUUGUUUUAUUAGACUAAACAUGCAGAUGCAAAAUUUUCUUGGUAUCACAAAUGUAGGAGUUGAAAGUAAUUAAAUUCAUCUGAAAUGUUUUUAUUUUUACUGCAGCAGGGUGAGUGGUUCAAUAUCCUGGUAAUAUGUUAAUUUAAAAAAAAAAACUUAUGCAUGAUCUGUAAAUAGUGUAUGUAGUACUGACAAACAUUUUGACGAGUUUUGUCAAGUUUCUUUUGGUAUACAUACAUAAUUAUUUUGGUAUCAAUACAUAUUACA